UGUCAAAAUCACAACUGACAUUUUGUCCAACUGUACCUGAAGGCAGCAUGGCUCGGAAUACGGCUGUACCCAAAGUGGGUGUGGUUAAGGUUGUGUCACAGUAUUUUGUUGCUAGGCUGCUAGCUAGUGCUUUCUCCAAAAGGUCUUUUUUUGUGCCGUUUUUCCUUUCGAAAUCACAAAGCCAUGCAAACACCGUAAUAGUUUAAAAACGACAGAUGUAUGGAAAAGAUACAUCGGUAAUUUUAGACAAUCAAACCGUGCUUGGCUUUGUGCUCGGGUUAAACAAACAGCGUUAGAGGGCAACUCAACGACCCACAUCUAGGCGCUAAGUCGUUACUUGCUAACUUAGCAUCCUCGUUGCCAGUUGGCAUGUCAACAGGUUGCUGUAGUGUUUGUUACUGCAGAUAUUUUGAUUGUAUGGCUUCCCAUGAACGUAAACGGUGUCGUUAAAUGUCGGUGUAACGUUAGCUAAUGUUGUAUUGCUUCGAAAACGUGAGGAUCCAGUAACUCAGGACGGUAUAAUCCCCGAACAAGCUGUCAGGAUGGAACUGCAGAGAUCAGCGACAUGAGACAGGAAAAUGUUGGCAACUUAUAAAAAAUAACUAUGAACUGGAAGGACACAAAAUGGUGAAUGUUUUCCCAUGUACACCCCCAUUCUCAUGACACCAACAGGGAGAUAUGGGCAUCCUAAGACUGGUAGCCAGAAUCAUGGGUAGGAUCAGUACUUUCAGGUCCUAUCAGUUUGUGCUUCUCCUGGCUGCUGCACUUGCUGUUGUAGCUUUUUACUACUUUGGCUCAGAGAGGCAGAACUUCUCCAGCACCACAAAGAGGAUCAAGCACACCCAGGCCAGCCACAACACCAACAGAAACGAUGCAGACCUAACUGUGGACACUGGGCUCUCACACCCAGCUGGGUCUGAGGAGCAAGGAGAGGAAGAGCGAGAUGUAGGUGGAGAGAGCGAGGGAUUCAUGUCCAGGAAAAGGGACGGUGACGCUGCUGACCAACGCUACCACGCACUCAUGAUGUUCACCAAGGUGGACAAGAGCCGGAGCCUGCAGGACAAGUUCAGGGUGGCCAUGUUGUCUAUGGUUAAGCACGGAAACUUCCUGGAAGGAGAGGUGUUGGUUCUUCAUUUUGUGAGCGACCAGGCCAGCAAAGAACUGGGAGAGAAGAUGUUGCAGGAAUUUCUCCUUGAUGCAACGUUUAAGUAUGAGGUGUUGUUCCAUGACGUGGUGGCUCUCACACAGAAGCUGUUCCCUAUUGUCGAGGCCAUGCAGAAGCACUUCAGCGCUGGCUCCGGGGCUUACUACAGCGACGCCAUCUUCUUCCUGUCUGUUGCCAUGCAUCACAUCAUGCCUGAAAGUCUGACACGCAUAGUGCAGCUUGACCUGGACCUGAAAUAUAGGACCAACAUCAGGGACCUCUUCCAAGAAUUUGACCAGUUUCCUCCUGGAGCAGUAAUAGGCAUCACUAGAGAGAUGCAGCCAGUCUACAGACACACCUUCUGGCAGUAUCGUAAGGAGAACCCUCAGACCAGAGUAGGUGAGCCUCCUCCUGACGGCCUCCCAGGAUUCAACAGCGGUGUGAUGUUAUUGGACCUCGGUGCUAUGAGGGCCUCAGCUCUCUACAACCAACUGUUGGAGCCUAGCAAUGUGGCCCAACUAGCAGACCAGUAUCGCUUCAGGGGCCACCUGGGUGACCAGGACUUCUUCACCAUGAUCGGCAUGGAGCAUCCUGAACUGUUUUAUUCCCUGGCCUGUGGUUGGAACCGGCAGCUGUGCACCUGGUGGAGGGACCAUGGAUACGGAGACGUGUUUCAGUUGUAUUAUCGUUGUGGUGGACCCGUCUAUAUCUACCAUGGGAACUGUAACUCCCCUAUACCAGAUGACUGAUGCAUGUACUGGACUGAUGCUGGAACUGAAAGAGUCUGAUGACAUCUACAAUAUAGUUUAAGGGAAAUAUUUUUCCUGCUUUUUGGGAGGGAGGAUAGUGACUUUUAAGGCAGUUGACCACUGUACUGCCUAUGUAGUCACAGACUCCUGCCCCUGCUGGUCAAGAGGCUACUGGAGGACCUGCCCAUGCAAAGCUGCUACAAAUAUGGUGUUCAUCUGUGUCAUUUUAGAAUUAAUUCUGGCAUUCAGGCCAAAAACAGCCUUGCGUUACAGUAAUGCGAGGAGCUGCAAUAGUGGGGCUGUGUUUCUUCAGGUACCGAGAUGAUGAAAAGAAGAAAUAUGGUCUAUGAAGUUCAGUUUGAGUAACAGAUCUAUUAAUUUGAAGGCUGAACAGUAGAAAUACACUGUAGACGUUACAAGGUACAGGAACGUGUUCUUGCCUGUAUUUGCUUGGCCAACACAGCACCUUGCUGGAUGACAUCACGUUGUGUUGCGGCAAAAGUUAAACUUUUUUGCAGGUGUCCUCUGCGUGGCACCCUGCUACAUCAGUUCUGGCCUCAUUCAAAUGAGGGUACUAAUGUCAGAAUGAAUGCAGCCUAAUGCAGCAUUCAUUGUCGCUGUCAAGUAAUUAUUCUUUUCAUUUGCUUAUAUAUUAAUUGAUUUCAUUACGUUUUGGUAUUUGUUUUGAGGAGAAUCUAAAAGACCACUAUCCAUUACACAGUGGUGUAAGCGACAGUAUUUUUGAGUUAACAAUUCACUAGGAAUUCAUAUUGCUAACAAAUGUUGUCUACAAUGAAUAGUAUAGGGUCAGCAAAUGUUAAUUGGCAUCCAUAAACAAAACUUCCCCUUCCUCUGCUCACUCUGUCUCCAGCACCUCAAGUUUCCCAUCAGUGGCCCAAGUUCACCCUGCGUCGCCUUAACUCCCUGCAACACCACAAUAAUCUGGUGCCAUUUACUUCCCCCACUUCUCUGUGGCUUGUAGAAGAACAGAAGGGGUUUGUUUACCACCAGUGGACUCCAUCUUUCCAGAUCCACGUGGGUGCAGGGCACAGCACACUGCCACAGUUCCUUUCAAACACAUCUUUCUGCAGGUAGGAAGACGGGAAAAAAAUCACAUCAGACAGUGGAGGAGGCGUUGGGGAGAUAAUGGUUAACAGUGAUAGCACUGAUAGCUGCUGUUCGUUGCCCAGUAUUUGCGUUUUAGCUGAGGCCAAGCACACACGUUUCAGAAGGAGUGAAGCGGCCGGAAACGUGACUGCAGACACUGACCCACUUUUGAGUUUUCUUGCUGUGCUCACUACACUGACACUCUGAUUCAAAGAAAUGUCACACUCAAUAUUCAUCAGUCGUGAGAGUGAAGCAGCUGAAUGCCAUGCACCAUCAAUGGAUUCGGGGAAAGGCUACUGAAGACACUUGAGAAUAAACAUUAUGCCAAAUUAGUACGCUUUCCUUGAAUUCACACAGAAGCUGAUCAAUAUUUUUCUGCCUCUUUCACAACAACACUUUUUUUGUCUCAAUAGCUCUAAAACACAUUGUUAGCAAGAAAAAGAACCAUUGAAUCACAGUAAACACUGAAUUUUAUUUUAUUAUUAUUUUUUGUCUUUAUUGGAUAGGAACAGGUGAAGAGACAGGAAAGGGGAGAGAGACGGGUGGGGUUGGGGGUUUUGGGUGGGGGCUGUAGUAAUGACUCAGCCUUAGUGCACGCUCUACUAGGUGAGCUACCAAAGGCGCCCCAAACACUGAAAAAUUACUUCCAUUCUCAGUUCCUGAUUGCACUUUACAACUUCAAAACACAUGCUUUAUCAUCAAGGGUUAUGUUGACUAGACGAUGAUUAGAUUUAUUUUACUUACUUACUUGUAUUAUUAUGUGUUCCUUGUUUUUAAAGACCCUAUCAAUGGUUUUGUACAUUUUGGCCCAUUAACUAUAAAUGUCGUUUUUGAUUGAUUUCCUACUCUUUAGGCAGGAAUUUUCUUUCUUUAUCUGUCAGUGGCUGGUAGAUAUUUACAUUUUAAAAAGUUAAUUUCCCACCCUGAAAAUUUCACCCUGAUUAUGUAGCAUUUCAUUUGCAAGUGGGACAUUUCAAAAUUCUUCAUAGUGGUGCUUUCAAAGACACCUCAAUGUCUCUGAAGGGAUAAUUACCUGCUGAAGAACAUUGCAUCUGUUAACUUUGUUGAAAAAUCAAAUCCAGAAGUAAAAACAAUAUGCAGACAUGGACACUGCAAAAAGGAUGAAUUUGAUCAUUCCUUCAAUUUAAAAAUGUUGCUGUUCAACAGCCAACUCUAAAAUUUUGAUGAGAGCGUCCUUUUACACAGGUAGAGUGAGUUACCACUGCUCACAAUUUGCAGCCUUGUUCAGCCUUUGUUUGUUCACAUUGUUCAAUGUGAUGGAUUAUCUAGCUUAAAUAUCUUAAAAGAACUGAAACCAUUAACUGCGUGGAAGAGAGAAAAUCUAUCUAAAAAUGUACUUGUUGCUCUGGUUGGCAUAUUGCAAAAUGGUAGAUUAUGGGCUAAAACAUGCAAAUCCAUUGGUAUCAUCCUGUAAAAUAAAUCCCUUUUUUGUGUUUUGUCAACUGUAUAUAUCCACAUAUGUGCCAUCAGUUUGAUACCAAUUUAUAUUACGGGUCUGUAAUCUGCCACUGCUAUCCUAAUAAUAGUUGCUGUGAAGUUUCCUGGAAAUAUCUGUGAAAUUUGUUAAUAAUAAUAGGAAAAAGAGAAAAUUCCUCGAAAGAACUACUCUCUUUUCUUUCUUUUUUUAAAAAUCAAAGUAAAUAUUCAUUCAUUGUUCAUUUAUCAUUGGAAACUUUAUUCUUUAUAUAUGUUGAAUUGUAUUCCUGCCUGUAGACAAAUGUCCCAUUUUGCAUGUCCAGGUAUAAUAAUAGGUAAUAUAUUAAUAGGUAUAAUUAAUUGGAAGUGUAAAUUAUUAGUAAAUUAUGGACCUGUAAUAUAAAGCAUGGUGUUUUAUGUGUUACUUUUACCCCCUUCAAACACUCCUAGUGUAUAACAUGGGAUUUUGUAAAUAGCUGGAGAUUCAAGAUGGUGUAUAGUGAGAAUAAUCUGGUUUAACUUGAUAAAUGUUAUAAAAAGGUAGUAACCCAUGUUCACCCACCAACAGCAAACACUUCCUAGUUUGUUGCUUCAAAGGGGUAAAUGACUGUUCUGUAUCAGUAAGUUGAAUGUGCAAUGAUAAUUUUAAAGGGCUAACAUGUUUGCAAAUAAGUGUACAAUAAAUGUUCCAUAUCUCACUUGACAGAUUAGAAAGAUGCUGUGUUCAGUGUUAGACUCAAGUAGACAUGUUUCUUUCAAUGACAUGCCAAAAGCAAAUGUGAAAGCAGCUUUACAUGCAUUCAUUUACAUGCAUACAUUUUGUUCAACUGUUUGUCUCUGCAUUAUUUCAGAACUGUGUUCAGCAUUCCUAAAUAAAUUAUAUGAUACAUUUCA